AUGUUCGUGUUGGGCGGAUGUUUGCUUAUUGCAUGGCCUUUUGUGGAAACUUAUGCUCCACGACCGCUGGUGCGGAUUCGAAGCUUUUUCACGAAUCCCGACAUUAUUGCCCCGGCGGCCAUUCAUUUUGUCGAUCAGUUUUCCUACGCCAUGACAUAUACGCCUGCGUUCCAGUGGGUCGAGGUGGUUUAUGAUUGGAAUACCUCGGACGCCACUUAUUUCUACUACACGCAGUCGUUGUGUCUGGUUGUCUUUGCCAUUGCCGCGGGAUUUGCGGCCAGCAUGACACGCAGGUACAAAUGGGUGGCCUUUUCAGGCUCUUGUAUUCGUCUGUUGGGUUUGGUAUUGAUGAUCAAGUACCGUGGUGCUCAUUCUUCGGCUUUCCAGGUCGUCAUGCCACAAGUCAUCCAGGGUCUGGGUGGUGGCUUGAUGACCGCCAAUCUGUUGGUGUCUGCUCAGGCUUCGGUGCCUCAUGACGAAGUGGCCAUUGUUACUGGAUUCAUGCUGUUGGUUAUUGAACUUGGUUCGGCUAUCGGUUCAGGCCAACUUCAUCACUACAUUGAUCCCGUUGUCGGCGGAAACAGCACGGUUGCAGAGUUGAUCUAUGCCCAAGCUGCUUCGGGUCUGGCCGAGUAUCCGCUGGGAUCACCUGUCCGGACUGCCACUAUCAAUGCCUGGACCGACAACAUGCAUCAGAUCUUGAUUGCCUCGAUUACAAUUGCCGCUGUCAAUAUUCUCACUUGUUUGGGUUUGCCGGACCGGGUCCUGAGUGAUAAGCAGAACAAUGUCACUGACGAGCCCGUGUCGAUUCUGCCGCCUACAGCGGCGCUGCCACGACGUCCUCUGCCGACAACAACUGCUUAG